AUGCCACCCAUCCUCCAGCGCCUGCAGCAGGCCACCAAGAUGAGCCGCAGGAAAAUUCUGCUGCUGGUGCUAGGAUGCAGCACCUUAAGCCUCCUCAUCCACCAGGGGGCGCAGCUCAGCUGGUACCCCAAGCUGUUUCCUCUGAGCUGCCCGCCUCCGCAGGACUCCCCACCGCGCCCCAAGCACAUGACCGUGGCCUUUCUGAAGACGCACAAGACGGCGGGCACCACGGUGCAGAACAUCCUGUUCCGCUUCGCCGAGCGCCACAACCUGACCGUGGCCCUGCCGCACCCGAGCUGCGAGCACCAGUUCUGCUACCCGCGCAACUUCUCGGCGCACUUCGUGCACCCGGCCACGCGGCCGCCGCACGUGCUGGCCAGCCACCUGCGCUUCGACCGCGCCGAGCUCCAGCGCCUCAUGCCGCCCGGCACUGUCUACGUCACCAUACUGCGCGAGCCGGCCGCCAUGUUCGAGUCUCUCUUCAGCUACUACAACCAGUACUGCCCCGCCUUCCGGCGCGUGCCCAACGCGUCGCUCGAGGCCUUCCUGCGCGCGCCCGAGGCCUACUACCGCGCGGGCGAGCACUUCGCCAUGUUCGCGCACAACACGCUGGCCUACGACCUGGGCGGCGACAACGAGCGCAGCCCGCGCGACGACGCCGCCUACCUGGCGGGCCUCAUCCGCCAGGUGGAGGAGGUCUUCUCGCUCGUCAUGAUCGCGGAGUACUUCGACGAGUCGCUCGUGCUGCUGCGGCGCCUGCUGGCCUGGGACCUGGACGACGUGCUCUACGCCAGGCUCAACGCGCGCGCCGCCAGCUCGCGCCUGGCCGCCAUCCCCGCCGCGCUGGCGCGGGCCGCGCGCGCCUGGAACGCGCUCGACGCCGGCCUCUACGACCACUUCAACGCCACCUUCUGGCGCCGCGUGGCGCGGGCCGGCCGCGCAUGCGUGGAGCGCGAGGCGCGCGAGCUGCGCGAGGCCCGGGAGCGCCUGCUGCGGCGCUGCUUCGGCGACGAGCCGGUGUUGCGGCCCGCGGCGCAGAUCCGCACCAAGCAGCUGCAGCCGUGGCAGCCCAGCCGCAAGGUGGACAUCAUGGGCUACGACCUGCCCAGCGGCCGCGCCGGCCCGGCCACCGAGGCGUGCCUCAAGCUGGCCAUGCCCGAGGUGCAGUACUCGAGCUAUCUGCUGCGCAAGCAGAAGCGCCGAGGCGGCGUGCGUCCCCGGCCCGAGCCGGUCCUGGACAAUCCCCCUCCCCGGCCCAUCCGGGCGCUGCCCCGGGGCCACUGA